AUGAAGUUCGUCUUCCUCCCGCUCGUUGCACUCUUCAGUCUUUUAUCCUUCUCGACGGCUUUGCCCAUCGAGUUACAAGGCCUCAGAGCCAGACAAGACUUUGACGUUCGUCUGGACGAAGAAUACUCCCCUGCGCUUGUCUCGCCCUUGGACAAGAGAGACAAUGCCUUGCUCACGUCCUUCUUUACUUCUUUGAACAAAACAGGUACCGGUAUCACGCUCGUUAAGGCUGCCAUUCGUACUCCAGGCAUCAACGACCAGAUAGUCAAGUUUAUUGCCAACUUGGUGGAAGAAAAGAACUUGACGUACUUGUUGCAGGUUGCAGACGAGUCUGGCUUGGCGCUCGACUUGGUUUUGUUGAUUUUGACCCACUACGAGGUCAUUGAUGGUUUGACUGAUUUCGUCAAGUACUACAAGGGCGACAGCAACUCCACUUCCAGCGGCUCUAGCUCUGGCGGUGGUCUUCUUGGUGGUCUUCUUGGUGGAAUCGGCAGUAUUUUCGGUAUUGGCGGCGGCCGUUCUGGCUCGUCCAAUUCCACUUCUAGUGGUUCUGGCGGUGGCUUGAUCUCUGGCCUUCUUGGUGGCCUCACUGGCGGCAGUUCAGGUUCUCGUUCAGGCUCUGGUUCUUCCAACUCCACAUCCGGCAGCGGUGGUGGACUCCUUGGCGGUCUUCUUAACGGUCUCACUGGCGGCUCGUCUUCUUCUCCAACCAGCUCCAGCCCAAGCACCAGCACUGGUUCUUCUUCUGGUGGUUCUAGCGGUGGCCUUGUUAGUGGUCUUUUGGGUAACUUGUUGGGCGGCGGCAGCCGUUCUGGCUCUGGUUCCAGCUCUGCUUCUUCUGCUCCAGCUGGCGCUCUUGGUUCUGCUGCUCCAACUGCCUCUGCUCCAGCUGCUGGUGCUUCUCCAACCAGCUCUCGUUCUGGUGGCCUUUUGGGCGGUCUUUUGGGUGGUCUUGGAGGCGCUAGCUCCAAAACUUCUUCUGCUGCUGGCUCUCCAGCUGCUACUUCUGCUCCAGCUGCUGCCGGUGCUCCAGCUGCUGCCUCUGCUGACCCAAUUGACCUUGGUGACGCUGCUACUUCUGCUGCUCCAGCUGACCCAGCCGGUUCUGCUGUUCCAACAGGCACUGCUUCUCCAUCUACUCCAUCUGGCGGUGUUUCUUCGCUUGUAGAAGGCCUUGGAAGCCUUUUCAAGCGUGAAGACGUGGAAGAGUUUGUUCACGACGAAGAGCUUCUUAAGCGUCACGCUGACGCCAUGACUGAACAGUUGCAAGAGAUUGUCAAGCGUUCUGAAGGCCUUAGCGAGCUCGAGAAGCGUGAUAUCUGGGACUCUGUGUACCAGCAGAUGAUCAGACUCAUUGGUACCGACUCCAACGUGGAAGAGAUUGCUGAGUCCUUGCAGAAGUCUGGUCUUGCCAUCAACGUCAUCUACAACGCCUUGACCGACUCUGACUGGUUUGGUUUCGACAAGAAGUUGGUCAAGUACCUUGUGGACAACAACAUUGUGACGUUCAGCAUUUUGUUGAACUCUCUUCUCAAGUCUGGAGUUAUCUGGAGCGUUGCUGCUGACAUUAUUGGCAACUCCAGCUACGUCAAGCUUGUGAUUGACUUUGUCAUUGCCAUUUUCACUGGUAAGGUGAAUGUGAUUGGCUUGAUCAUGGCUCUUUUCUAA